CUUCUUCUCUGGAUUUGCCGUGACGCUUCGAUGUUUGUGUGCUCUCUGUGGCAAAGAACAGAGGGGUCCACACAAAAGGAAUAGCUACCCGCAACUACACCUAAAUAAAGAAGCACAAUGGAUGAAGAGGAGCAGUUUGUGAACAUCGAUUUAAAUGACGACAAUAUCUGCAGUGUUUGCAAGCUAGAGACGGAUACAGGGACCACGUCUUUCUGCCAUGUGUGCUUUGAACUCAGCAUUGAAGGUGUCUCCUCUGCUAUCUUGUUGCACUCGAAGUCCCUGCGCGGCCACAGAGACUGCUUUGAGAAAUGCCACCUCAUCGCCAACCAGAAGCUGUCACGUUCCAAGGUCUCCAAAAGUGCUUACGAGGGCAUGAAGCUGGCCUUCAGCCAGAAACUGAACCGCAUCAUCCAGUAUGCCCAGAACAAAGACUCUGUCUCCUCUAACGGGCCGGGCAGACGAGGGUCCAAGCUCCUCUGUUACAGCCAGCAGAGCGACCGCAAGCUGUUGCCCCAGUCGGACGCCCAGGUGCCGCGCUACACGCCCUGCUGGGACACAGGCAGGGCUACAGACAGGCCGGACUACACCAUGGGGGUGUUGGAGCGCCACACAGUGGAGAAGCUGGGGCUGCUGCAGGAGGCUCACUCUGACGUCUGGUCCAGUGACGGCAGGAAAGGUCUACACAGCCGGAACCAGUUAUCAGGAGGAGGACAGGCACAGCGCAGGCACCAGGGCCACAGCACAGAUGAAUUGACUAACAUGAGUGUGGACCAACUCCAUCAGCUGAACAGCCAGCUGCUGAUGCAGAUUCAAAAGGUGUUUGAGGAGCUGACGGAGGCCGUGCAGGAGAAAGACUCGUUGGCGUCAGAGCUGCAUGUGCGUCACAUCGCCAUCGAGCAGCUCUUUAAGAACUGUGCCAAGCUGCCCUGGCUGCACAUCAGCAGGGCGGGGGUCAAGGCCAGCAGCAGCAGCAGCGACCCUGUGGAGUGAGGGGGGGGGGGUCUGACAAACACUGAAACGCCUUUAUGUAUAGUGAGUGACUUUAACGACACAGCGUUGUGGCCGUGACACGGCCUCUGUUCUGGUGGUUGCGGUGAUGAGCGAGGUUAAGGUGUGCAGUUCAAACAAAUACAUGGUCUGGUCUGUGAAUUGAAUUGCACAUGUCAUGUAGCAAGGAUGCAUGUAAAUCCAGGGGGGGGGGCGCUGAUAGACGAUGAGGUGGACAUCCUCCUUAAAAAACGAUCUUUUCAGAUUGAAUUUUAUCUUGCUAAGCUUGCUGUUAACAUUUUGGUAUGGUUCUCAUCUCUGUGGAUACAUUUGAAAGUUGUUUCUCAUUAUAUCAGAUAUGGAUAUUUAAAUAUGGGUCUUAGCUUUGCCUAAUACUCUUACAUAUGAUCAGAUGGAUCUGUGGGGAAAGUGAUGAGUUACAGUAUUUGAUAACAUGGUGCAGAAUACAUAAAGCAGAUUAGCUGGAUGAUAUGUAUCAUAUUCACAGAUGCUGCCAGCAGUAUUGCUUGAUAACGGUUCUGAAGUGAAGCAUGGACCACGUUUCAGCCUUUUCUUCCAGCGGCACACUGACAAUAUAACACAUGUUCAUCUUGCCUUCGAGCUGCCCUCAUUUGACUUGAUCAGUUAUGAAAACUGUGGUAAUCAGAUAUAUUUUAUAGUAAAUAAAAAAGUAAAAUAUUGAAAUAAUAUCAAGUCCAAUGUGGUAAAAGGCAUGGGCAAUUGCAAUAAGGCACCGUAAAGCACCUCUGCAGCAAAGCCAAAUCAAAAAGUGUGAAAGGUGAAAGGCUGUGCUGGCUCUGCAGGCUGUGAUUUGAGGGAGAUGACUACUUUGGGAGUGUCCGUGAAUAAUACUGAAUACAUUAAACAGCUGAUAGCUCAGUUAUUAUACCUGUGGCUUAAAGUGAAAGGUAUUUUGAUUUUAAUUCAGCUUUCGCUUUUAUAGUAUUUUAAUUGCUGUUGAGAUUUACUUGAUAUUUAGCUGUGAAGCACAAGCAGCAUGUAUGGCUAUACACUGAACGAGGGCUAUUGCAACAAGAGAGGUUAAACUUAUAAAAAGAAAUCUAGCUGCCAAACCAAAGUGUGUAUUUGUUCUGUUUCCCAUUAGCAGAGGAAGAUGCAAUACCAAACUGAUUUAAAUGUGUUUGAUUGACUUCUUGCUUCAGUGUUUGUAAUAAUGAAAGUACACACAGCGUAUGUUUUAUGAUUUAUUUCUUUCAUUUUUUUAUUUGUCUUUCAUGUGCAGUGGUAACGUUGGUUGCUUUCUCAGCUCUAUGUGUGAGGGCUGCCUUGGUGUCACAGCAAUACAAACACAAUACUUUGGUCUACUGUGUCUUUGAACAAAAGGGGACUUUAUUAACAAUGUGGUUUGUUUAUGAUUCAGGCACCUAUGCAAGAAAAGUCCAAUAAAUCAGAAGCCUUAUUGAAUAUAAAUAUCUAAAAGAAUAUGAGUCAUCUGAGUUUCCGUCAGAAGAGGUCUCAGAGCUACCUGAGUUAAAAAAUCUGGGGAAAUAAACGGUUCUCUUCUGCUCUCUCUUUGUAAGAGAUUCAAUGUAUUUGACCCCUUUUUAGGGUUUAAGAUUUUAGCACUAUUUUUAAUUAAAUGAUUCAGUGUGCUUGAGCUUUUUUCAGAUUAAUGGUCCUUAAUGCAAAACCUUCAAUCUUCAGUUUUGAUGUGUUUUUAAAUAUGAAUGCUGUGUCUUUUUGUAUACCGUGUGAACAUGCCUAUGCUUCUGCUCAUCAUAAAGCCCAGGCUGGAGAUGUGAGCUGUUACACCUCCUGAUGUUAGGCCUGACUAGGUUUCUUUUCUAAAGUUGAACGAAGCUACAUUUGUGUUGUGUGAUGAAUAUUUAUUGUGUGUGUUCACAUGCUGUGUUUUU